AAAGGAUUUGAUAAUGUGCAAAAACAAAGUCGAAAAAUCAAUCGACAGUGCGAGGACAUGGGGGUAUUGUAAACGCAUGGAAAAGAUGGUGAAUUCAACCUAGAAGAAGUUGUUUCUGCGCAACUUCGUCAUGAGCCCCGCCAGGGGGCCCAAGGGGGCUCCGCGCCCCGUUGUCAAAAAGACCCCAUUAAAAUCUGCUAAGAACACUGCUUCAAAAUCUGCAAGUUUUAAAGCAAACGCUGGAAAAACUCUCCGAGAUAAAUUAAAAAUUGUUAAGGAUCUUACUGAAAAGCUCUGGAAAAAUAAACAAAAAUUGGCAAAUGAAGCAUCUAAUUUUGGAAAAGCACCAACCACUUUAAUCACGGAAGAAAAUGAAGAAACUGGUAAUAAGGUUGAAGUCAAUAAGAAAGUUGAUAAGAAGAUAGCUGCUAAGAAAAAUGUUAAAGAAGAAUCUACAGUGGCGCCUCAAGAAAAAAAUUUGGAAACAGAAAAAGGAAACGUUAAUAAGCUACAAACUGAUGCAUCUACUCCUUUGAUUAUUGCAAUUUCGGACGACUCAUUAAAAAGUGAUAAGAACUCACAAGGUAAAAAAGAUUCGCCAGUUGACCUUCCAAAAAUUAAUGUUUCUGACAAAGAUAGUGUAAAAACGACAAGUCAGAAGAAAAAUAAUGAUAAAAAAGUUAGCAAGCCAGUUUCAAAAGCUAUUUCUAAAAAUAUAGGUUCUAAGAAAAAUACGCCUGAUUCUUCCAAUCAAUGUGAUCCGAAAAAUAGUGCAUGUGAUGAUGAUAAAAUUCAGGAUUCUACACCAACUAAUAAUAAAAAAACUAAAGCCAAGAAGAAUGAAACUCAAAAUACUGAAACUAAACCAGAAAUUUCAAAAAAGACUCCCAAAUCCAGUAACGAGCAGAAAAAAGAAAAAGCAGUAGCAAAAGGGUUAGGUUCUAACAAUAGUGCCAAAAAGACAGUCAAGAAAACGGCGACCAAGAAAAGUACAAAAAAUAUUAAUGAAGAUGAAGUGCAGAAUGAUUUAGAUAACAAGGCAGACAAAAAAAUUAAGAAAAAGACAGUUACAAAAUCUAAGGUACCUCAAACAGUUACUGCGGAAAAUAAUGUUCAAGUUGCUCAAUGCAGUAGUGAUAAAAUAUCUAAUUUGAAUCAAGUUGAUAAGGUUCCAGAUACGGAUACAAAGAAGGAAGCUCCUACAUCAAAUGAUAAUAAUUCUCAUGCCAAAAAUGAUGCGACGAAAGAAUCACCAACACUUGAUCAAAAUAGCAAAUCUGACACAACAAGCCUGGUGGUCAAAAAAAACGUUAAGAGGUCCUAUGUUAAAAAGAUAGCAACUAAUUUGAAAUCUGAUAACUCUGACAAAACGAUCGAUAUUGAAAAACAACCUAAGCAAAGGAAGCCUAAGACUACAGCAACUGUUAAAACUAAAGGCACUAAAACUGUGUCUACAACAAAAAAAGUAGAUACAGAAUCUAAAAGCGCAUUGGAAACUCUAUCCAAUGAAGAUGGAAAAGAUAAAGAAAAACUCAAGCCGGAAUUAGACAAUAAUGCAGUUUGCACUCAAAUUGAGAAAAAAGACAUUACUAAGAAAAAAGCUAAUGCCAAGACUAAUAAAAAUUCUACUUCAGUUCAACAAGCUGAAAAUAACAAGGAUAUUUCACAUAUUGAAACGAAUGAAAAUAAAGCUUCGUCAAUUGAUUCUACAAAUAAAAACUCUGUUGAAAAGGCUUUAACGGGUGCAGAUAAGCCUAAGAAAAAAAAUAAUGCGAAAGAAACUGCUUUGAAACCAAAAGGUGCAGUAAAACCUAAAUUAGUCAAAACUAAAAAUCCUAAAACUUUAAAACUUGAUUCAGAAAAAAUAAACGCCUUUGCAAAAGCAUUAAAGAUGACUAUUAAUCAGAAAAUGCGCAAACAAGAUAAUUGCAAAAUAGACGAAGUACCAACUGAUAAGCAAACUGAUCAGCAGAAUGAUUUGCCCGAAAAAUCUGCGAAGAAAAAGAAGACUGUGAAGCCUAAGGAUUUAAAAGAUGUAAGUGAUGAUAAUAAAAAACUUGAAGACGAAGUUAAACCUAACGAAAACAUUGAAAUGCAGAAAAAACAAGAAAAAUCUGAUGUUGAUAAGUCAAAUGAAAAUGAAAAAACUGGUGGUAAAAUUGUCAAAAAGAAGUUGGCCAAACAUUUGGAAAAUGAGAAAAACUCAAAUAAUUCUUUAGAAAAUAACUCUAAAAAAUCAGUUAAAAAACCAAGAGUCAAUACAAACAAUCAACAUCCAAUUAAAAGACUCAAGCAUGUAGCCAAAAAGAUCAAACCAUCGCCGAAUCCAAUGAAGAAGCGUUCUGAAGGAAUACAAUUGAAAAAACACGCAAAUGCUUUGAAACGUGUAGUUAAAACAAAAAUCGGCCUGAGUGAUUCUUGCAAUUUAACGACUAUCAAAUUAAAAUUGAAAUCAAAGAAAAAUGCCAAUGCAAAGAACAGAAAAGCACAAAAAAUUGAGCAGAACAUAAAAAAAGAAAAGAGUGAUUCUGAUGAUGCAUCUUCAAAUGCCACCUGUGACGUUGAUAUCAAAGAAGUGAAAAAGGAAAAUAGUGAUCAUGAAGAAGAAAAGAAAGAUACAAAUAAUCAGAAAGUUUGUAAAGUAGAAAAACGACGAAUAAAACCAGAACCUUCCAAACGUCUGAAAAAGUUAUGGAAUGCACCAAAAGGUAGAAGGGUAGCAUCUUUGAAUGCGCUAGCCAAAGUACAUUGUCUGUAUGAAAACGAGUGCAGAUCAGCUUUUGAACUAGGUCUCUUAAAGACCACAAAAAAAUCUGAAAAACAAGAACCAGAACCUGUGCCAGACGAUGUAGACAAGGUAGCUGAAAAAAUACCAAGAACUUUAAGGAGUUGCGCCAUGCCAAGCGUUGGCAAACAUUGGGAUAUGCAUGAGCUAUCUUCAACAUCAGCAUCUUCUUCCAGUGACUCAGAUUGCGAGAGUGUCAAGAAACCUAUUAAAAUGAUCUCCAAAAGUGCAGCUUCUAAUAAAGAUAAUAAAGACAAGGUCGUGGUGAAGGUGAAACGCAAAAGAAACCGUUUAGAUGUCACAAUGGAUCUUAAAGAUAUGGUAGUGAGGAAGAGGAUGGCUUCUUUGAAUGCGACUGCAAUUUUGGCUGCGAGUUAUGAGAACGAAAGGAAGUUUUCGAGGAGAGGAAAUUUGGGGGGUGAUUUGGGGGCUAGCAGUUCAUCAAGUAGCAGCAGCUCGAGUAUCAGCAGUUCUAGUGAUGGAUCUUUGGAUGACCCGAUAUACAAAGUAGCUGGAGGUACCAUAAAAUCUGACAAAAAUGCAGUUAAAAUAGAACCAGCACAAUUGGAGGUUUUGGACUCGAUCAAGAAAGAAGAGGAGCAUGAAGUUUCUCUCAUCGUCAAUCAAGAUACUGAUGUCACAAUUACAGGUGUAUAUCUGAAUACGACUACUCGGUCAACUCUCCACCGACGGCUGCACCAUCACAGGACGGCUUCGUCGUCUUCCGUGAGCCAUCUGCACCGAAGUCGUUAUCACAUUUCAUCCUCAUCGUCAUGCAGCAGCAAUGGUGUUCUGCUGGAAACAGGUACUAAGGAUGUUUCUGGCUCUGAAAGUUCCGUUGGGGGCAGUUAUACUCCUUUGGGCGCCUUAUCCAGCAUGAGACCUCCACAUAAUGCGAUCAAUACCACCACAAUUGCUUCAGGACCCGGUUCGCCAAUCUUAGUUCGUCAUACAAGUUGUUCCAGUGCGUUUUCGGCGCCUCCGCACGGUCGGACUAGCAAUCACUCAGCGGAGACACGGACCACCAACUGUUCGUCGUCAUCGCCAGGUUAG